UUUAUCGUGUGGGGGAAAAUCCAAAAAAGAUAUUGAGAAGUUUAAUUUUAUAUGUGACAUAAGAUAAUGAUUGGAGUGGAUUUUAAUAUUGAUGUGAAAAAGUUGUAGUUUGCAUUUUCAUGCUGUGAAGUUGACUGGAGUGUCUUAGAUAUAGUGAUUAUUAUAAAUUGGAUUUAUACAUGUAUAUGAUGUAUUAUUCAGAAUAUGAUGUGAAAUGUUGACAGCUCGUCCUUAAAUUCGGAUAGAAAAGCCGAUCUAGAUAGACUGUUGUAGACAAAUGGAAGCAAAUGUGAAAUGAAUCUAUUCAGAUGUUAAAAUAGUUAAUGCAAGGAGGGAUUUAUUUAUAAGGAGAUCUUAUCUAGUUUCUAAAGUGCCAUUUUAGUGAAUUUCUUGUUAAGGGAAAUAACACUUUCAAAAAUGCUGUCGAAGAAACUUCUGGCCAAAACGGCCUCGGACAGCAAUAAUGAUCAUUUUGAGAUGCCGGAGAAAAUGAGAAAUUUAACCGAGGAAGACUUUAUUAACAAAGCUCGGGCUGGACGAAAACGUCACAGUGUCCAGUUGGAUAAACGAAUAACUCAACAAUUAUUGGAAGCUAAAAGUGACAGACGUUCCAGUAACGCAAGUUCCUAUGCUGGAAGCACAGACUCUUUGUCAUCAUAUACAGGCAGUUCCUCUGAUGAAGAAGAUGAAAUAAACCCUAGGGAAAAACAACAGAAAAAUUCAAAAGGUUCAACUGACUUCUGUGUGAAGAAUAUUGACCAUGCUGCUUUUGGCAGGAGGGAGAUCGAGAUUGCUGAGCAAGGUUUGUAUUCAAUGUUUUAUAUAUCCAUAACAGGGCACCAAGGUGUGUAUAAAAUGUUUUAUAUAUUCAUUUAAGUGCCUCCAGGGCUG